UCCAGUGUCGAAUAUUAAAACAAACAGCCUUAAAAAUUCUACUUUGAUUCCAUAUUAAUCUUCUUGACUACAAAACUUAAAAAGUUUGCAAAUCAAGAAAUUAAAUCACUUGACAUCCAGCUCUAUAGACCAGCAGACAAAGUGAAUUAUUUAAAAGCAUUUUCUAUGAAGCCUCGUUAACAACUUAAUUAUAAGUGUUCCUUCUAGAUUUAAUUAAAAAUAAUUGAAAAUGUCAAAGUACGACCAGCAAUUUGCUUACGAUUUCGUUGAUUAUCAGCAGAAUCUUGAAUUUCAAAAUUUUGAGUCAUCACCAUACAGUGGAAGUGAAUAUGCUUAUUCGCCAACAGAAUUUUAUUCACCAGCACCGUCAUCUUAUCAACCAAACAUCUUUACUCCAACAUUCGAAUCACAAGAAAAUUACAAUUUUAAAGAUCAUCCAGCAAAUGAAUUUGAGGGUGAACCGCCUUUAUUAGAGGAACUAGAAAUUUAUCCAGCUCGAAUAAUAGAGAAAUCAAUGGCUGUGCUUAAUCCAUUUCAUACAAAAGGACUUACAGAUGAAGCUGAUUACUUAUUUAAGGAGAAUGAUCUCGCUGGACCUAUAGCUUAUUAUCUUGCAUUAGCAUUUUGCUUAUUUCUAUCAGACACACGAAAAGAUAUAUUCGGUUAUGUCUAUGGACUGUCCAUAAUAACAGUGAUUUUAAUGUACGUUCUGCUUCAACUCAUGUGUACAACAAUAACUCAAUCCCAAAGUUAUAUAACGGUAGUAAGUGUUGCUUCUAUUUUGGGCUACAGUAUUUUGCCUCUCGUUGGACUUGGCUUUUUAGGGAUAUUUACAUCAUUAAAUAACAAAACAGGUGUGAUACUUGCUGGCGGUGCUGUGAUUAUGAGCACUGCUGCUUCUUCGAGAAUCUUUUGUUUAAUGACUGGUGAUCCAAACCAAAGAUAUUUAAUCGCUUAUCCUUGCGCAUUAACUUAUAUUAUUUUCGCAUUACUCGUACUUUUCUAAUAAUGAUCAAUUUUCGUAUUAAAAGUGGUAUUAAUAAUUUUUUUCAUACACAAAAUUAUUUAUUCUCAUAUUUUUCAUACUCAAUGAUUUUGGGACAGAGACUAAAGUUGACUGGAACUCGAUGUAAGGAAUUAGUAAUUAAUAAAGUUUGCAAAAAACCAG